AUUACAAAUCGCUUAAUAAAGCUUUUCCUUAUUUUUCUCUUCUCUUCUAAUUCAUUUUCAGCUAAAUUUUACAAGUUAAUAUCUUUGUAUUUUUUUGUUAUAGUUAUCAUGUCAAUACAAGUUACACGUGUAGGAAACCAAAACGAAUUUAAUAUUACCUUGCCUCCUGUUAUUACUUUCACAAGAGACCUUGAGAACGAAAAUUGUAAAGAGUUUAAUGCUAUAAUUGUCGGUUUGAUCGAGAUUAAAGGACAGGCGUUUAAAAUUCCAUCAUCAAUUGAAAUAACGAGCGCAACAGUUCUUGGAACUGGAACUGAUCUUGGAUACAUAAAUCAUGGAGACCAGGAACAAGAAAUUUCUUUUAAUGUGAACGUUCCGAAUGUUGGAACUAUUAACAACAGUCGCGUUAGACUUUACAUGCAGUCUGGAACGAUCAUACGAUUACAAUACGAUAUCCAAAUUGGAAACAAUAUUAUUAAUGGAGACGAAGUAAUAUUUAAUUUUUAAGAUAGUCCUAUUUCCGCGUUGAUUAAAUUCCUUUGAGAUACAAUCUCAAAUUUUAACGCCUAUGGUGUGUCGGUUAAUUAUAUUUUUUUUUGAUUUCAUUUUUUAUAGUAUACAUCAUAUAUUUAUUACUAUUUAUCUUCGACAAAAAGUUGUAACAAAUUAUUUUUAUGUAAAGUCUUAUUAUAAUCGUUAAAAAUAAAUUUGAUCUUAUUAUUUCUUAAAAUAUAAGAAUGAA